AUGAUGACCACUUACACGCGCCGUGGGCCCGGGCAAAGUUAUCUGAAAACUGUUUUGGCCGAGCGGAUAAACAGUCUCAUAGAGCACAAAGACUUGAACUUGGAAAUUAAUCCCUUGAAGGUUUACGACCAAAUGAUCCAGCAGAUCGAAGACGAGACUGGCUCAUUACCUGAAGAUCUUCCCCGUGGGAUUUCUGCUGAAGUGGCAGCGGCGAACAUAGAUGUACAAAACAUUAUUGCACCUCGACUGGCGAUGUUGAUGGAAAUUGCCAACAGUUUUCUGAUGACGAUCAUGGAGAGCAUCGACAGUGUACCCUACGGGAUCCGGUGGAUAUGCAAACAAAUUCGAAGCUUGACCAAACGCAAAUACCAAGAUGCGACCGACAUUGCGAUUUGCUCUCUAAUUGGUGGCUUCUUCUUUCUUCGCUUCAUCAAUCCUGCCAUCGUUACCCCGCAAGCAUACAUGUUAAUUGACAACCUACCAACAACUGCUAAAUACCCUCGACGCACAUUAACCCUGAUCGCGAAAAUGCUCCAGAACUUGGCCAACAAACCAUCAUACUCGAAAGAAGCAUAUAUGAUGAGCUUGAACCCAUUUGUCGAAAGCAACAAGGCCAGGAUCAAUAAAUUUUUGAACUUGUUAUGUGAAGUCAAGGAUUUUUACGAGUCGCUUGAGAUGGACCAGUACAUGGCUCUGUCCAAGAAAGAUCUGCAAAUCAACAUCACCCUCAACGAACUAUACAAUACCCAUGCUCUUCUCGUUUCCCACCUCGAUCAUUUGGCCAAGGACGAGCGCCAACAUUUGCGAAUACUCCUGGAGGAAAUUGGUCCAGCUCCGCCUCAAGUUCCUCGGAAAGAGAACCGGACGAUAGAGCUACCAUUGUACAGUCGAUGGGAAAUUCCGAUCCAAGAUAUUACGACGGCAUUGAUGGCCGAAAACAACCUGACACAGAACGAUAUCUUGUACAUGGAGACCAAGUCAAUCUUUGUCCAGCUGAUCCGAUCGAUCCCGCAACUGACGGAGAAGCGGCCGAUGAACCUGAUUCAGAUUGCUGAACGAGCGGCGACGGCCAAGGAUGCGGUGCUGGUCCGCAAGGGGCUCAAAGUCAAGGAGAUGUUGCGAGAACUGGAAGAGAUCAAGCUGUGUGAUCGGAAGGAUGGACACAAGCUUCUGGUUGACGAGAUUGCGGCCGAACUGACCCAUCUGGGCAACAUGCGAGAGAAGGUGCUUCUGGAAACCAAGUCGUUAGAAUCGGUUUACAAGACCAUCGGCGACCACAACAACUAUCUUCGCUCGCAACUUGAACAGUAUAAGGCCUAUCUCCAGAACGUCCGGAUCACGAGCACGGCCAACCAGAAGGGAAAAACCGUCGGCGGCGGCGUCGGCGUCGUCAGCGUCGACGGCAAGGAGAAGAAAAUCCCGAAGGCUCAGGCCCUGGGGCCCUACAAAUUUAGCCAUGCUCAGUUCGAGAAGGACGGCGUGAUUGUCGACACUAACGUCCCUGAAAACCGACGGGCCAAUAUCUUCUUCCAGAUCGUUUCGCCCUCGCCCGGCACAUUCAUCAUUGCAUUGCACUACAAAGGCCGAGAGAAGGCGAUCUUGGAGAUGGACCUGAAGAUCGACGACCUCUUGGAAAAACAGAAAGAUAAUGUGCCGACUCUCGAUUUGGAGUACGUCCAAUUAUCGGUGCCUAAGACUUUAUCGAUGCUGAAUAAGACAUUCGCGCGUCGUAAAUGA